AUGAGAGCUGCAUAUCUUUGCGCAGCGGGCAUUGCGACUCUUUUGAACCGAAUGCGGAAACCGUUCGUGACAGUUGGCGUCGACGGAUCGGUGUACCGAUUUCAUCCGAACUUCCCGCGACUUCUUGACGAGAAGAUCGGACAUCUUGUUGAUGAGUCCCUCGAGUAUCAGUUGAUGCUUUCGGAGGACGGAAGCGGUCGUGGAGCAGCCCUGGUUGCAGCAGUUGCAUCGCGUAUCAAUCGUGAAAGCGGUGCUCGUCCAUGCGCCAAUUAA